ACUAAAACUUUCCGUAUAGUUCGGUUUGUUUGGGGUGCGGCCGAAUUUAUUUACUCUUCGGAUGUAGGAUAUUUUCAGCAGUAGCCGCAAUCCAUUAAUUCAUGAUGGAUAUCUGGUAUAAAACGAUGGUCAAUUCCCGUAUUUUCGGAUUAAGGUUAUAUCAAUAGUUAGAUACAAUUAUAGUUAUAUAUAUUAUAUCAAAUUGUUCUGAAAAUAGUUUAUAAACGUUAAUGUCUACUGAAGAAAAUAUGGGAUUGAAAGUUAUAAUUACCGGUGUUACUGGUAUGGUUGGAGAAGGUGUUCUUACUGCUGCUUUAAAGGAUGAAUCUAUUAAAUCAAUAUUAUCUGUCUCAAGAAAAUCAGUAGGAUUCACUCAUCCUAAAUUAAAAGAAUUGAUAGUGCCUGAUUUUCUCGAAUUAAAGGAAACUCAACAAGAUUUACAGGGUUUUGAUGCAUGUUUUUAUUGUGUGGGAAUCAGUUCAAAUGGGUUAGAUGAAAAAACUUAUACUAAAAUAACGUAUGAUACCAGUGUUCAUUUUGCUGAAGUUGUAGGUAAAUUAAAUCCUAAAUUGACCUUUAAUUAUAUGUCAGGAGCUGGAGCUAAUAGUUCAGAAAAGGGUAGAAUGAUGUGGACCAGAGUUAAAGGUAGAACUGAAAAUAAAUUGAAAGAUAUGUUCCCUGGAAGACAAUACAGUUUCCGUCCUGGAUUAAUGAAACCUUUCCCUAAUCAAACUCACUUAUAUGGUUAUAAUAAGUAUAUAAAUAUCUUAUACCCAGUUUUUAAUCUCAUUAUGACCGGUGUAUCUUUACAAAAUUUAGGUGAUGCUAUGAUAUAUACGGCUGUUAAUGGUUAUAGUAAAACCAUCUUAGAAGCUGCUGAUAUUAACAAAGCAGCUAAGGCAUAUAAAGGUGAAAAAUAAAUUGUAUUUAAUUGUAAUUAGACCAAUGUAUUUAACAAUGUAAGUAUUUUAUUAAAUUAGUACGUCACUAUAGUUUGUAUAGUCCAC